GUAAGGUGUAGUACGUAUGAUAUUCACGCGAGCCACCUAGGAAAACAAUUAAACCUAGCCUAAAAAAACAAGAAGAAGAAAUACAAACAUUAUAUAAACCAGGCCCCUCGAAAGCCAGAGGAAAAACAAGGGACAGAGAAGGGAAACCCCACAGAAGCCGGCGCCGGAGGUAAGAGAGGGCGAAAUUAGCCGACGCGUGUCCCCGGCAACCCACCCACACCAAUCGCCGCCAUGAAAACCCCACAGAAGCCGGCGCCGGCGCCGGUGGAGCAGGAGGCCUUCACGGCGCAAGAGCUCGAAGCGGCGGUGCAGCUCAUCCACCUGAGCGAGAGCAGCGCGUCGUCGGGCAGCACGAGGGCCGCCCGCGUCGGGCUCGCCGCGGGGUCCUCCUCCUCGCCUCGCUCCGUGAACGCCCCGCCGCCGGUGGUCUUCCUUGCAGGCGGCGAGGACGACUGGGAGGAAGAGGAGGAGAACGAGGUGGCCGGGAGCCAGCGGAGGGUGAAGCGCUACCGCCUGAUCGCCGAGAUCUACGACGCGACGGAGGAAAUUGGAGGGCGCAGCAGCGGGAAGAACAAGAAGAAGAAGGAAUAGACGAGGUAGGGAGAGAGAGGGAGAGAGGAGAGGGACCUUCUUGUAAUUAACAGGAUUGCUGGGGGGUAGCUCGUAGUUCGAGUUUGCGCUCGAUCUUUGCAGUCCUCUCGAUCCUCUCGCUGGACUAGACGUGGAGGAGUUGUGAUCGAUCUCGCUGUAAAAGCUUAAUAUUUCGCAAUAAGACUUGGGGCUUGCUUGCUUGUGUUCGUCUCAUCCAUGGCG